GAGUCCUUACUAUCCCGUUCGGCCUACCAAUACGCAGCAUGAGGUAUCUGGGGGCGAGUAUCAUCCAACCUUCAACCGAUCUUGGAAUGAAGCACAGCGCGAGAUGAGAAGAAAUAAGGAGGAAACCAAACCCACAGAAGACGAAGUCAAGAAGGAGGAAGGGCAGGCCCAGAGAAGGGAAGGGCUUACAAGGCAUGCGGAGAACUCAACAAGGCGAUUUGGUGGGGAAGAAAGACGUCUAACACAAGAUCCAAUGUUGCAGGUGGCAAAACGACAAGAAAAUGAAGUUAGACGCAAAGAUGAGGAAGCUAGGCUCAAAGGAGAGACGGCACGCGCGAUGGAGGAAGAGCUUCAUUCGCUGGAAGAUCUCACUAAUAAAGUCCAGAGGAGAUCAUCCUAUCCCGUUGCUUCCGGAGGUUUUGGUGACAUCUGGAAAGGUGUUUUAGUUAAGCACGGCAGGGACGUCCAGGUGGCAGUGAAGACCAUUCGCGCAUUUGAGUCGGACAACGAGGAGGUGACGCGGAAGAAGGCGAAUAGAGUGCGUCGUGAACUGAAAGUUUGGGAGCGUCUCAAACAUAACGGCAUUCUUCCACUCUGGGGGGUGGCGAAUGACUUCGGGCCCUACAUCGCAAUGGUUUGCCCAUGGGCCGAUAAUGGAGCUCUCACUGGCUUUCUUGAUCGCCGACAAAACGUGUUGUCGUCUCAAGAUAAGUUCGCGCUACUGAAUGAUAUUGCCCUUGGGUUGCAAUAUCUCCACAGCAAAACAGUUGUCCACGGUGACCUGACGGGGUCAAAUGUCUUGAUUUAUGGCAACGGUCGGGCAUGCCUUGCUGACUUUGGUCUCUCCACUAUCAUCCUAGAGUUCGUCGGUACCUCCUAUUUUACGAGCUCCAUCCGAGGGAAUGUCCGAUGGGUAGAUGCAGAGUUAUGUGAAGCACCAGAAGACAGUGAGGUGUCACUGAGCACCGAAUGCGACAUAUACUCAUUCGGCAGUAUCACCUUGCAGAUAUUGACUUGCAAGGUACCCUACUACUAUGUGAAGAAUGACAUGGCAGUGUUGGCACAAGUCAUCACGGGUAAGAAACCGGAGCCUCCCAAGGAGUUGCAAAUAGCAUCUGGGCACUGGAGCUUCAUACAGCGAUGUUGGCUGCCUCGUGCAAGUCGUCCAUCGGUCAGAGACAUUGUGGCGUUCGUAGGAUGGGAACGACAAGCUCUGUCAUCCUAGUCCGCUGAACGGAGCAACGAAUUGGAAUGUAACACUUCUCUACGAGUGCUUCACACCUGGAAAGUGGUGUUGAAAUGGCUUGACAUGAUUCAAAUAUCAAUCUGCAUUUUCUAGGCUCUGGCCUCACCCAACUCAAGCUUCUAUCAAAUUCAAGUAUGUAGUACAGGGGAUCAUCUGUGUAACUUCGUCACAUUUCCCUAUAGAUUUAAAUAACGAGGCCCUCGAGGCUUC